AUGCUAGAUUCCUAUUAUUUACAGGACCUGGAUGAGGAAGAGAAGGCCAUGCAUGAAUUUAACAAGGAUUGGAAACUUUCUGGGAUACAAAGACUAUUUUACAAUAGUUUAGUGAAGCAGCUAGGAGGUUUCGGCUCAGAAGCUGGGAAAUUCAUAUGGCCCACGGGUGUGACAAACACCUUGGAAGGUGAUCUUGCCAUUAAAGACACUGGUAAUCAACAAAUUCAGAUUUUCUCUCUAGAUGGAUACCAUAAGCAAACAUUUUCUUAUGGCUCAGAAUCUACGAAGCACCUUGGAGAUGUGGCCUGCACUCAAGAAGGACUUUUUUUAGUGUCUGAUGGUUCUAAAGGUAUAAAAGUGUUCUCUAAGGAAGGGGAAAUGAUCCACCUACUCAAGUCAUCAAAGGCAGACUGGAAACAUUCCUAUGGACUUUCUGUUUUGAAAUCUAAUCGUAUCGCAGUAACUGAUUGGACAGAUGGAGGCAAAAUACACAUUGUUGGUGUAGAUUGGAGGAUGAAUGCCAUCCUCAAGACUAACGUUAUAGAUGGACUCCAAAGACCUGAGCAUGUUGCUGUGACUGAGGAUGAAGAUUUGCUGGUCACAGAGGGGCAGCUGUUUGGGCGAAACGCAGGCUGCUGUGUCAAGAUUAUUGACAGUGAACGAGCACUUAAGAAGACCAUAGGUCCUACAUAUGGGGACCACUACAGCUUUAUGAACCCAUCAGGAAUCUGCGUGGAUACAAGUGGCAAUUUUUUUGUAGCAGACAAAGGGAAGAACAACGUCACCCUCUUUAGUCGGGACUCAUCCUUAUCAGAGCUGGUCGUGACCCAAGACUUGGAGGGACCUAGUGGGAUCACUGUAACAAAGAAUGGACUUCUUGUUGUGACUGACUGUUAUCACCACUGUGUAAAAAUGUAUAAAUACAGACAGGAAUUCAUAUAUUAAAAUUAUACAAAGAACAUCCGGUUCUCCACAGCAGAAAGGAUCUAACAUAUUUUUGAAAUUGCUAAAUCAUUUGAUGACAUUGUAACAUGCCUUUAUAACACUCCCCCAAUGGCAGGUUCACUUUAAAAUAUAAAGGAUACGUAUCCAGUAUUAGACCUUGAGCUAUGAAUAUAUUUUUAUAACAAGUAGAAGUAUUGGCGUCCAAAGAUAACUGGGCCUGCAGAGGCACAAUUUUCUUGUUCCACACAUAGUUUAUCAUGGAAGAUGU